UAGGUCCAAUUAAACACAUAACUUUCACUUUUUGGAAUACAGAAAAUGAAACGUUUAAAAAAAAAUGAAAAGUACAACAUAACACUGUACAAGAAAGAGAGGGAAAACACAUGGAAAAAUCUAAUAUAGAACAUUUGUAAUCAUUCACAACUGUAUUUUCCACUUUAUAUUAAAAGUUUUUAACUCUUGAUUAAAAAUUUUUGAUUUAAAGAUUUUUGGUGUCUUUUUUUUUUAAAUUGUAAAUAAAAUAAUGUUUAAGAAAACUACAAGAGUUACUUGGGAGCGUGAGUACAUUGAAGAAGAGAUAGAAAGAAAACAGUCCAUGAAGAAAUGGUAUAAAUAUACCAACCCAUAUCCAGAUUAUAGAUUAGGACUGUUGCAGAUGUGGUUUUCUUUCGGUGCAAUUUGGGUUACCCAGUUGAGAUAUCGGACUAGAAACACUAGAUGUAUCCGUUUAUCGUUGGCAAUAGUUAUACCGUUUUUCCUGAUAAAUGGGUUUCUUUUCACUGCAACAUCAGUGCUGAAAGCAUUUAAUUUAAAACUAUGGAUUAACAUUCUAUCCUAUAAUACAAGCCAGUCAGAGUUUUAUUGGGGUAUUGGCAUAGUCGGUAUAAUACUAAUAAUUGUCUCUUUACAUGGUAUGUAUGGCAUUUAUGGGCAUAGGAUCUGGAGUUCAAAAGUGUUUACAGUUAUGACAUUCAUUUAUGGUCAAGCUUCGCUGACAGUGUCUGCAUCCUGGCUUUUGUUGUUGCAAAUAGAAUCGUCCAAAUCAUUUCUUAAUAAGUCUGAAAACAUGCCAGAAGUAAGCCCAUAUAAUGGUACUGAAUCAGAUGAAGAAUUUCUGGAUAAAUUCAGAGAUAAUCAAGCUUUAAACGUUAUAGUCGAAAUUGUCUUUUCGCUAUCUAUUGUUUUUAUAGUCGCUGGUAUAUUAUCUGCUGUGCUCCUUAUAAGAGAUAAUAAUAAAAAAGGCUUUGUCGAACUGAAAAGUUAACAAUACCAGGCUGUAAGAAGCAUUUACUUUUACAAUGAUAACAUUUACAGGAACCACUGCUGAGAAACCAAAGUGGAACAGUUGGACAAGGUCCUAACAAAUAAACUGAAGAUUGUUGCACCAGUCUUUUUUACUGUCGCUGAAUACAAAAUUGUGGGGCAGCAAAGAGGAGUGUUACAAUUUUUUCUUUAAAAAGAAAACCAAGGAGUUAGCGAUACAGUAUGACAAAAUCGUCAGUUAUUAUCGCCAUAAUUAUUCAUUUUUAACCAACGAACAAAUCCAAGGAAAGGUUUACAAUCAUUUAAAUGUACCAAAUGUUUGCGGAAAAAUUAACAGGAAAAAGCUCAGAGAACUCAUAAAAGAGGAAAACAAAUUAAAGAAAAGUAGUAAAAAAGGAAAACUUUCCAGUUGCAAAAAAAGGAAUAAAAAGGAUGACAAAGUUGGUGUUGAUGAUUCAGAUGCUAAUAUCAGACAUAUGACUAAGCUGUACAGCCGAAAUUCUGAUUCGAACAGCACCAUUGAUACAUUUAUGUUUACACCAGAAUCUUAUGACAGCAAUCCAUUGGCCAUUAGACAAAUGGAUCAUUGUGAUGAAGUGCAACGGCGGCUUUCACAGUUAAAAAUUAAGUCUACUUCAUCCGGUGUCUCCGAAGAGGAUGAAUUUUUGUCGCAUGAGUCUAUUUACGACCCAACUAAAUAUGCGAUUUCUGAUGAAAAUUAUAACAAAAAACAUCUCAAUACAAAUACUGCAGAAGAAAAUCUCUUCACAGACAACAUGGUUAAACAUGCUAAACCAAUGAGGACCUACAGCAGGGUUAAUGUUAAAAACACAAGGAGUUCUAUAUCUGGAAUAAUAUACAAAACAGAUAGUGAUCUUGAAGUUGAUCUAUAUUGCAAAAAUUCUAAAAUUGACGAUGAUGAUGAUUCAAGUUUAAUUUACUCAGGAGAACUGUAUAUCGAUAAAAAACAAGGAAUUAUAUCAACAAGCUGUUAUUCUUCAUCUAAUGAGUCUUCUUCAACAACAAUUAAGAAUACUUUUAAUAGUAUUGAAAAAGGAAUCAAAUUGAACUUUGAAAAUGAGGGAAUUUUGCAAUUUUUAAGGAAUUCAAAUGAUGAACCUAUAUCUCAGGCAAAAAAUAUUUUGGAUAUUUUGACAUCCUGUAGUUCACCUGAACACGGAGGAUAUUCUUCUGACAUAUCUGUUAUAUCUCAUAAUAAGCACAUAUUGAAUUUAAACAAACAGGUUGCUAACAUUAUUAAUGGCUCAUCAGAUAGUGAGUUGGCAUUUUCAGACACUGACAUUGACAAUAAACAUGACUAUCUACAUGACGGUGAUAAUCAUAGUAUUGAUCGGAACACUAAAAAUAUUAUUGGCACGACAGAUGAAGAGGACUGGAUAAAUUUUAAACCCUUUAAAAGCUCUGUGAGCCCUAUUAUUUUCAUUGAGAAAGAUGAGGCAAAAACAAAUUCUCAAGGAAGACAACUGAAACGAGAGAGAAAAGGACGGAUAUCAAAAUUAAAAACUACAAAGCAUCAAUUUUCAACAAAUCUCAGAUCGACAGAGAGAUCUUCAGUUGCACGCCUGGGGACAAUGUACUCAACAAAUAAAUUAGAAAACGCAAAGAAGAAAUUACUUAAUAGAAGGUCCUUUUAUUUAAAAUAAAAUGUUUUUAUGUUAACUUAGUUUUUCUUUUUAAAUAAUUGAGAUCAGUAUUCUACAGCAGUAAAAUUGUGUGAUGCUGCUACCAAAUCGUAGGGGUUAAUAUUACAAAUUAUUAACUGAAGGGCAUCAGGUCUGGCCCUCUGUCGCUAAAAAUGCAUUAAAAAACAUGAUUAAAUGAAAGCUAAAUGCACAGAAGUUCUCACGUAUCAAAAGCAUGUGACUUGUAGAAUAGGGGCUCAUCCUCACCCGAUUAAGAAUAGGUCAUGUCAAGUUCACAUAUGGACACUUACAUCUGUGCCAUUGCCGUGUCUGGCUUGUAGAGAAAGGUUGCUCGUCCUACUUAAUAUAAGAGUGUCAUUAGACAGCAUGUAGGAAUGCCACCCAAUAUGAGAAUUGUGAUUGAGCAC